AUGUAUGUCUACAGAAACUUGGAAGGAAACAAGUUAGUGGGUGCUCUUCCGGCCAAACUACUGGAAAGAUCAAAUAAGAAGUCGCUUGUGCUAAGAUAUGGCGGGAAUCCGGACCUCUGUGUGUCUGCUUCAUGUCAAAAUACAAAUGAGCAGACAAAGAAUGUGUACAUCAUUCCAAUAGUAGGAUCAGUGGCGGGAGUGUUUAGUCUUGUAGUAGCGAUAGCUUUGUUCUUGAUGUACAAGAAGAGACACCCAAGCGAAGUUGUGAAAGUUACAAACAACUUUGAGAGGGUACUUGGACAAGGAGGUUUCGGAAAAGUAUACCAUGGUGUCCUAAAUGAAGAGCAAGUCGCUGUCAAGAUUCUGUCUGAAUCAUCAGCUCAAGGGUACAAAGAGUUCAGAGCAGAGGUUGAACUUCUGCUGAGAGUUCAUCACAAAAACCUAACCGCACUUAUUGGAUACUGCAACGAAGGGAAGAACAUGGCGCUUAUAUACGAGUUCAUGGCUAAUGGAACCUUAGGAGAAUAUUUGUCAGGUCAAAAACCUUAUGUCUUGAGCUGGGAAGAGAGGCUACAAAUAUCAUUAGAUGCUGCACAAGGGCUUGAGUAUCUUCACAAUGGCUGCAAACCUCCCAUUGUACAAAGGGAUGUAAAGCCGGCUAAUAUACUAAUCAACGAGAAGCUUCAGGCCAAGAUUGCUGACUUUGGGUUAUCCAGAAGUGUUGCACUGGACGGUACUAACCAGGAUACAACUGCAGUUGCUGGAACUAUUGGUUAUCUUGACCCUGAGUACCAAUCGAUGCAACAGUUAAGUGAGAAGAGUGAUGUUUACAGCUUUGGUGUGGUUCUUUUGGAGGUGGUGACGGGCCAACCGGUGAUUUUACGUUCAAGAACAACAGCAGAGAACAUACACAUAACCGACCGGGUCGAGUUGCUUCUGUCCACAGGAGAUAUCAGAGGCAUUGUGGAUCCAAAGCUAGGAGAGAGGUUUGAUGCUGGUUCGGCUUGGAAGAUCACUGAAGUAGCAAUGGCUUGUGCGUCUCGUAGCUCUAAAAAUAGACCUACCAUGAGCCAGGUCGUUGCUGAACUGAAAGAGAGUGUAAGCAGAGCAAGAGUCAGUGGAGGUUCCGGCGCCAGUAGUUAUACAGAGCCGGCGAUGACGGCUGCUGACUCGGGAAUGUUUCCUCAGGCGAGGUAG